AUGGAUCUACUCAGCUUCCUCGUGCCGCCGGGGAAGCCCACCAUCAUAGACGGGUCCGGCGUCCGCGUGGAGGGCGCCACCCGCCCGUACGAGGAGGGCCAGUCGCUAGAGCUCACUUGCAUCGUGCACGGCGGCCACCCUGCGCCGACACUCUCGUGGUGGCGGGGCACCCAGCAGCUCGAGGCCACCGACACGACGGACCUCGGCUACGGCCAGAGCAAAGGCCCCCGGUCACGGAAGCUGCACAUGGCCCGGCUCAGCAGGCGGCACCUGCACGAGGCCCUGCAGUGCCAGGCCUCCAACAGCAACAUCUCCAGACCUGUGUUCAGCUCGGUCACCAUUGACAUGCGAUUGCGUCCACUGUACGCUGCCAUCAUGCCACUGGACAGUGGGCAGGUUUUAUCUGCCAACAAGCCCAUUCAGAUGGUGUGCCAGUCAGCGGGGUCCCGGCCACCAGCCAAGAUAACUUGGUGGAAAGAUGGGCUACGCCUUGACAACGCGCAGCAAAUG